AUGCCCACUCCCAACCUGGAGAAGCCUAAACCCCUGCACCCCACCCUCAGCCCCACAAGGUCCCUGAGAAUCUGGCCUCACUGGUGGGCCUGUCCUGGGCCAUUGUUGGCAAUCCGGGGUCCUGUCCCUUGCUGCUGCAUCUCUGCCUCCCUGGUAAGAGAUGUUUCUUUCUUCUUCCUACCGCAGGAGAGUAGGUGUCAGCAAGUGAACUCCCUGCAGGAACAACUGCAGGAAGAAGAAGAAGAAAAAAAAAAAAAAAAAAAAAAAAAACCCAAAAAAAAAAAAAAAAAAAAAAAAAAAAAAAAAAAAAAGAAAAACCCAUAUAGAACAAAAGCCUAA